AUGGGUUCGAGUCGGCAUGCAUCGUGGUCGAGACGGGUUUUCUGGAGUUCUCGGUCGGGGGGUCGAGAACUGCUCGACAUCGAGAAGGGCCUCGACAUUUCUAUAUUAAUAUUUAAARCCUUGCUGUCAUUCCUUUUAUAUAUAAACCCCUUUCUUCUCUUCACUCCCUCUUCCUCACCGAACACAAAACUCAUCAUCUCUCCCUCUCUCAAUAUGAAGUUCUUCUCCGCUGCAAUUUUCCUGCUCGCCCUGCUGCUUCUCGGCACUGGAAUGGCGCCGAUGGUUGCAGAGGGAAGGACAUGCGAGUCUCAGAGCCGGCACUUCAAGGGGCUAUGCUUUAGUAAGAACAACUGUGGCCAUGUCUGCAAAACGGAGGGCUUCCACGGCGGCCGUUGCAGAGGCUUCCGCCGCCGCUGCUUCUGCACAAAGCACUGUCUUGAAUGAAACCAUCUUUUAUCUCAAAUCGCUUAUGUCUAUCACUCAAAACAGAUCCUUUUUUUUUCUUUUUGGUUUGUGGCGUUUAAGAAUAAUAAAAGUGGCCAUCUUUCGCCACUUGUUGCUUUUUAUAUGCGUAUGUUGUGUAAGGUUUUGGUUUGAAUUAAUUAAUGCAAUGUUAUUUGUAAUGGUAA